AUGGAGUACGCCGAAGAGCUACCAGGCACUCGCCGCAUUUUCGAUACAGAGGGAAAGCCAUUGUAUCCAGGAGAUCCUUCGCUGAAGAGAGAUGGCGACAUUGUGUUGGUGCCUCAGCCAACCGACUCUCCCAAUGACCCUCUUCAGUGGUCGAAGCCACGCAAGAUAUGGCAUAGUUUCCUCGUCUGUUUCGUCACAGCGCUGACCGCCGCCACAUCCAACGACGCUGGCGCCGCCCAGUACAAUGAGAACCUUGAGCUCGGCAUCAGCUAUGGCUCCUUCAAUACGGGUGCUGGGAUUCUGUUUUGUGGGAUCGGAUACUGGACACUACUGUCUUCCCCAGCGGUUUUUCUUUAUGGUCGCCGCAUCCUCUACCUGAUAGGCAUGACAUGGGGUUUCAUAGGGGGUAUAUGGUUCGCCAGAGGUCAGAGCACAAGCGAUGCCCAAUGGAACCAGCUCUUUGUCGGCGCGUCCGAAUCAGUCGCCGAAGCAACCGUGCAGUUGUCGUUGAUGGAUCUGUGGUUUCAGCACCAGCGUGGCUCAGUGCUCGGUGUUUAUGUGUUAGCAACCAGUAUCGGCACGUAUCUCGGACCUUUGAUUGCCAGCUACAUUGCAGACAGCAGUCUCGAUUGGAGAUGGAUCGGGUAUUUUGGAGCAAUCAUCUCUGGCGGGACUUUCUUUGUCCUUCUCUUCGGCCUUGAAGAGACCACGUUUCACAGGGAUCGAUACGUGGUCAAUGACGGAGACAGGUACCUGAUUGAUGGCGUCAACAGGAACAGUUCCACCUCUGCAGGGCUAGAAGGAGAGUCGACGGACAAAGAGAAAAUUCCCGAUCAGCCAGACGAACCACAGGCUGGAUCACCACGUCGACGUUCUGUUGCUGAAGAGCGACUUGCAGCUGAGGAUCGACCGAAACCGUAUUGGCGACGCAUUGCGAUUAUUACUCCAGCCCCGAAUUUGCGCGGAUUCGGAUUCAAGCAGUACUUUCGGCGGUUGUUCCACACCCUGCGCAUCUUCACAUUCCCCGCAGUUUUGUAUUCGGGCCUGCAAUGGGGAGCGCAAGAUGCCUGGCUUACCUUCUAUCUGACAGUGGAGGAGGAUAACUGGUAUGGUCCGCCGUGGUACUACAGUGAUGCUGCUGAUGGGCUCAUGAACGUGCCGUGUUUGAUUGGCGCCGUGAUCGGAGCCACAUAUGGUGGCUGGCUCAGUGAUAAAUUCAUGAUUUGGAUGGCCAAGAGGAACGGCGGCGUUAGCGAAGCUGAGCAUCGACUUUGGCUCAUGUAUCCGUGUGCCGCCAUUUUCCCCACUGGUCUGUGGCUGUUCGGGAUUGGAACCAGCUAUGGCUGGAGAUGGCCUGCCCCAUAUGUUGGUCUCGGCUUCAUCGGUUUCGGAUGGGGUUGCGCCGGGGACUUGAGCAUGGCGUACCUGAUGGAUGCGUAUCCCGACAUGGUCUUGGAAGGCAUGGUUGGUGUAGCGACAAUCAACAAUUCAAUCGCGCUGGUCUUCACCUUUACCGCCUCCGACUGGAUCGAAGCAAGCGGUGUUCGCAACACAUUUAUUGCUAUCGGUGUCCUGGCAUUCGUGUUCAUCAUGACGACCCUGCCCAUGAUGAUCUGGGGGAAGGCCUCUCGACGGUGGACUAGGGACCGGUAUCAGCGAUUCCUGGAGAUCCGUGACGGUUUUGAGACUUAG